AUGGUGAACACUCCUGAACACCCACAGGCCGAGAUGUCCUGCCAGCAGAGCCAGCAGCAGUGCCAGCCCCCUCCCAAGUGCCCUCCCAAGUGCCCUCCCAAGUGCCAGACACCAAAGUGUCCCCCAAAAUGUCCUCCUAAGUGUCCCCCUAAAUGCCCUCCUGUCUCUUCCUGCUGUAGUCUGGGUUCUGGGGGCUGCUGUGGCUCCAGCUCUGGGGGCUGCUGUGGUUCCAGCUCUGGAGGCUGCUGCAGCUCUGGAGGUGGUGGCUGCUGCCUGAGCCACCACAGACCCCGCAGAUCUCUCCGUCACAGACACCAGAGCUCUGGAUGCUGUAGCAGCGGUGGCAGCAGUGGCUGCUGUGGCAGCAGUGGUGGCAGCAGCUGUGGCAGUGGCCAGCAGUCUGGUGGCUGUUGCUAA